AGCCUUGUGCUUUACUCAACUCUCUCAUUCUCUCUUUUUCCAAACACACACAGCCCCAAAGAAGCCUCAUGGCUGAUAUACUGAAUGCAGAGCAAAUUGUUGAAUUGCAGGAAGCCUUCAGCCUCUUUGACAAAGAUGGAGAUGGUUGCAUAACCAUUGAAGAAUUGGGCACAGUGAUCAGGUCUCUAGAUCAAAAUCCCACCGAGGAAGAGCUCCACGACAUGAUCAACGAGGUCGAUAUCGAUGGCAACGGCACCAUUGAAUUCGCUGAGUUCUUGAACCUCAUGGCCAACAAAAUGAAGGUUAACUUAACUCACUCUUACAUUAACAACUUUUCUUCUUUUCACUUUGGCUUUUACUACUUUAUUUUUAACACUGUUUUUGAUCAGGAAACUGAUGCAGAGGAAGAGCUUAAAGAAGCUUUCAAGGUGUUUGAUAAAGAUCAAAAUGGUUACAUCUCAGCUACUGAGCUUCGGCAUGUGAUGAUCAAUCUUGGUGAGAAGUUGACAGAUGAAGAGGUGGAACAGAUGAUAAGAGAGGCUGAUUUGGAUGGUGAUGGACAGGUUGAUUAUGAUGAGUUUGUGAAGAUGAUGAUGGCCAUUGGAUAGAAAUAUCUCAAGUUUAAUUUUUUUUUAAUUCCAUUUAUUACAUUGUUGUGCAAAACUUAGGAUCAAUUAGUCAAUCCUGAUGCAAGAAAUUUCAGAUUUUGUUGAUUGUAUUCUUUCAAAUUUUUAGUUCAAAUGAACAAGAAUCUUCAGACAA